AUGAUAAUCUCUCUUUGUCCCCAGCAAUUCAGCUUGGACAUUGCGGAGAAUGCCUCGACUGUGUGCCUCGCUCACCUCUUCACCUACCAGGACUUCGACGAGGGGACGCUGGGCUUGGCGUAUGUGGCCCCCUCCAGGUCAAUGGACGGAUCCUCGCACUCCAAAGCUCCAGGCCUGGGCGGCCUCUGCUCAGGGGCAUACACUCCUCCUGGAACUAAGAAGCGGACUUACUUAAACACCGGCUUAACCAGCACUAAGAAUUAUGGGAAAACUAUCCUUACGAAGGAGGCCGACCUGGUCACCACUCAUGAGCUGGGCCACAAUUUCGGAGCCGAGCAUGACCCCGAUAACAUCGCUCACUGUGCCCCCAGCGACGACAACGGGGGCAAGUAUGUCAUGUAUCCCAUAGCAGUGAGCGGGGAUCAUGUCAACAACAAGGUACCAGUCUAUUCGCUUGCCAGAAUCUCAGAGGCUCCUUUUGGGGUCUUUGUAUUGGGGCUUGUGGCUCUGAAUCAAGAGUUUUUUAUAGGUAGGUUACUAAGUAACAGAAAGGAAUGUUGUGUCAGGCUGAGGUGAUGUAGGCUUCCGUUACCCGCCCCCACCUUUAUA